AUGGAGAUCGGAGAAAAGCUGAGAGAACUGAACAUGACAGUGGAUGAAACCGAAAGACUCACAAAAGCUUUCAAGGACGAGAAAUUCAGGGAAAUGCUGCGCGAUUACGCCCGAGAAAUAUCAGACCCCGAGAAUAAGAAAAGGUAUGAAGAGGAAAUCAAACUUUUGGAGCAGGAGAGAGGAAACAGCAUCGAGUUUAUCCACCCGAAACCGUUUAGAGCUCUCAGGAUGAGGGUCACCGACAAGCAGAAGUGUUUUAUCAAUAUCUGUGCCAAUGAUAAAGUUGGAAAGCCUGAAUUUAAGGUUGGUGUAUCGGAGGAUGGCCGCAGAGGGCAGUGCUGGUCCCUACCUCACAGUCUGCACCCAGGGAGACAAGACACGGAUCCAAAAGGGAUCAAAAUCAUGAUCUAUGAUGUUAUUUUCCACCCUGACACUCUCCACAUAGCGAGCAAAAACAAGAGAUUCAUGGAUAUGGUGGACAGCACAGCCAUUCAGGGAAUCCAGGAUGCUUUUAAUGUGACUCUGGACAAAAACAAUGUGCGAGAGAUGAAUAUCAAGUACAAGGGCACCCCUCAGCCUUGUGUCAUCCGAAAACCCAUACCUGGAUACAAAGCCAAGGAGCCCUCAGAGAAACCUGACCCUCUUGCCUUCCCAUACCCUGAUGAUUGGUCCUUGCAAACCAAGCCUACAGAUUCACCUGCAACUAAAAACAGCAGUGAUGCCAAACCUAAAAGCUUCCACAUCCAGCCUCAGAAAACCAAAGAGCCAACAAAGCCGAACUACACAGUGAAAUAUCGAUCUUUUGUUGACCUGCAGGACUUCAGAUGCUCCCGAGACUCAGCCAGGAGCCCUAGGCCCAAAGAGAUAGUGGUCACCAUCGACCUGCCGCUGCUGAAGUCCGUUUCAGACACCAGCCUUGAGGUAAAUGAAAAAAGCCUCCUGCUGGAGUCCAAGAAACCAGCUUACAGACUGGAGCUGCCUUUAGCCUACACUGUGGAUGAAGACAAAGGGGAGGCCAAGUUCAACAAACAGAGAGGACAGCUGAUGGUCACACUGCCUGUUCUUCCAUGUAAAGAGGCUUUUAAUUUUGCCUCAGGGCCUGCUACGACUGUUAGUGAUGCUCAGAGUGUAGGUGAUAAUGAAGGGGAGGGGAAGGACAGUGAGGAGGGCAAAUGGAAGGAACAGGAGAUGGGAGGUAAGAAAGGUGAGGAGGAACAAAGAGAAGUUGAGGAGAAGGAUCUGAAGCAACAUACAAGGGCAGAGAAAGGUGAAGACGAGGAAGGAGAGGAGCAGAUGAGGAAAGGCCAGGAAGGUGUAGAAGAGGAGGAAAGUGUAGUGAAUAAGGAGGAAAAGUGGAGAAAGCAGGAGAGAGAAGGAGGAAAAAGGGAAGACGAAGGAGAACUGGAAAUUGGUGUGGAGAAGGAGGCAGAAUGGAAGAAGUUGAACAGAAAAGAAAGAGGAGGAGAGGAUCACCAAAGUGACAAGAUUUAUGAAAGUGGAGUAGAGGAGGAAGAGGAUAAAUUGAAAAAGCAGAAACAAGAAAAUGAGAAAAAAGAUGUAAAACUGACUGAAAACCAGUCCAUUUUAAUCACUGCCGAACACCCCUGUGGCAUAACAGAGGAGGAAGAAGUAAAUCUGAACAGUUCUUUGGAGUCAACACCUAAAAUGAAGACUAAAGACAUCAAAGAGGAGACUGAAAAGACAAAAGAAAACAUACAAGGAAAUGUGCAGCUGGAAGCAGAUGCUGCAUUUCUGGAUCACACAUCCAGUGAGGAAUCCCACACCGCUGCUGCUGUGUCUCCCACACCACCUAUGGCAAAGGACUCCUGCAUUUCCCAGGAGACUGAAGUGCCUCCAACAGAUGAAGCAGAUGAGUCCAGUACAGGGGUUUCAGGCUUGGGAAGGCAGGAAGAGAGGGAGGACAUGGACGAGGAUGACCAGCCUGCAGAGCAGAUCUCCCAAACCCCAGAGCAUGACAGCAAGCCACCGUCUGCCUUACUGAGGGAAAUCGAUAAAGAUGGAAACGAAAAGGUGAUCAGUGAUCAUUCCACUUCUGCUGGCUUCACCUUCCAAAACACCCUGAUCUAUGAACUGGACUGA